GGUUCUAUAGGUGGGAACGCUGAUCCUCAUAUUAAUGCCUCGAGCCGCGAACGGGAGGUGCUGAGGUGGCGAAGAGCGGUAGGAGGGUCCGUAGUCCGCAUCCGCACCCACGCGGCAGAGAUCGGACAUGGAAUCGUUAUCAAAGUCCGAAAUUUGGUGCCUUUUGAUGGCCAUGGUUGA